GGAGGAAAGUUCUCCGUUUGUUCCAAUCGGGUCUCGCCUUGUUUUAUGAUCUAAUUACCAGUAUUUCAAAAUCUUUGCUCCAACUCCAGUAAUCCAAUCUCCGCUUGACCGUUUGAAGGAGGCGGCGGCGGCCAACUCCCCUUCCGGCUUCCCCAAUUGCCGCCUCCGCCCCGGUGCCCUUCCACCGCAGGAAUUCGCCGGGGAACCACCGCCUCCGCCCAUGUCGCUUCACCGCCUCAAGGAGACCCUCCACGCCUGCUCCUAUUCCUCCUCCCAACCACAAUCCCAGCCCCGCUCGCCGCCUCGUCCCGCUCUCCUUCCGCGCAGGCCCCCCAAGACUUCCCUUUCGCAGCAACUCCUCCGCCUCGAGGCCGCCGCCGCCUCAUCCUCCUCCUUUUCCUCCAGGAUCGCACAGCUUCCACCCGCUCCCAGGCCCCCGAUCGAGAAGCCGCGGGAGGACGACGAACCGCCGCCGUCGUCGGAGGAGGAGGAGGACGAGAGAGGAACUCGCCCCAUUAUCCGCCCCCGCCCGCCUCCGCCACCAGCGGCGGCCCUCGAGUCCCGCGGACCAUACGAGCCGCUUGUGCUCUCGCCGCCCGGAGAGCGCCCUGUCGUCCAGGUGCCCCCAUCAAUAAAUUGUAGGCUACUUGCGCAUCAGAGGGACGGUGUGAGAUUCUUAUACAAUUUGUAUAGAAACAAUCAUGGUGGUGUGCUUGGAGAUGACAUGGGUUUGGGAAAGACCAUUCAAACUAUUGCUUUUUUGUCAUCUGUAAUUGGCAAAGGUAAUGGUCAUGAGCAAUCAACAGACAAAGGAAAGAAGACUGGUCCUGUACUCGUCCUCUGCCCUACUUCAGUGAUUCGGAACUGGGAAAACGAAUUUUCUGAGUGGGCAGAAUUCUCUGUUGCUGUCUAUCACGGUCCAAAUCGUGAGUUGGUUCUUGAAAAAGUUGAAACUCAAGGACUGGAGGUACUAAUUACCAGUUUUGACACUUUCAGAAUUCAUGACAAGAUUUUAUGUGGUAUCCCAUGGGAACUUGUGGUUGUUGAUGAGGCGCACCGUCUCAAGAAUGAAAAAUCCAAGUUAUAUACAGCGUGCUUGGGAAUAACAACUCCAAAGCGGUUUGGUCUCACAGGGACCAUAAUGCAGAAUAAGAUCAUGGAACUAUUUAAUCUGUUUGACUGGGUUGUGCCUGGCUGCUUAGGGGAUCGAGAACACUUUCGAGCCUACUAUGAUGAGCCUCUAAAACAGGGUCAGAGGUUAAGUGCCCCUGAGAGAUUUGUUCAAGUUGCUCAUACGCGCAAGAAACACCUUGUUUCCGUUCUCAAGAAAUUCUUGUUGAGAAGGACAAAGGAGGAGACAAUUGGGCAUCUUAUGCUUGGGAAGGAGGAUAAUAUUGUUUUCUGCAAAAUGAGUGCCGUUCAAAAGCGUGCUUAUAGAAGAAUGCUGCAACAACCUGACAUACAGAUCCUUAUAAAUAAGGAUCUCCGCUGUAGCUGUGGAAGUCCUUUGCCUCAGGUUGAAUGCUGCAAGAAAACAGAGCCAAAUGGUAUUAUAUGGUCUUAUCUCCACAGAGACAGCCCGGAUGGUUGUGCUAUGUGCCCCUUCUGUCUUGUCCUUCCUUGCCUCGUCAAGCUUCAGCAGAUUAGUAAUCACUUGGAGCUGAUAAAGCCUAAUCCAAAGGAUGAGGUUGAAAAGCAAAAGAAAGAUGCUGAGCUUGCAGCUGCUGUCUUCGGUACAGAUAUUGACUUAGUUGGUGGCAGUGCCAAAAGUGAAAAUUUCAUGGGUCUCAGUGAUUCAGAACAUUGUGGAAAGAUGCGUGCACUAGAAAGGCUUCUGUCAUUGUGGACUCAGCAGGGUGACAAGAUUCUUCUUUUCAGUUAUUCUGUCAGGAUGCUUGACAUACUAGAGAAGUUUCUCAUAAGAAAGGGUUAUUGCUUUUCACGCUUUGAUGGAACAACUCCCAUGAAUGCGCGCCAAUCGCUAGUGGAUGAGUUCAACAGAAGCCCUAGCAAACAGGUUUUCCUUAUAUCCACUCGGGCAGGUAAUUUAGGUGUAAACCUUGUCAGUGCUAACCGUGUGGUGAUAUUUGAUCCAAGUUGGAACCCUGCCCAAGACUUGCAAGCACAAGACAGAUCAUUUCGGUAUGGACAGAGACGUCAUGUUACAGUAUUCCGCCUACUUGGUGCUGGUUCACUUGAAGAGCUUGUUUAUUCUCGACAAAUAUAUAAACAGCAGCUUUCCAACAUUGCAGUCUCAGGAAAUAUAGAGAAACGUUACUUUGAAGGUGUGCAGGAUGACAAGAAAUUUCGAGGUGAGCUCUUUGGGAUCUGCAAUCUGUUCCGUGACUUGUCAGAUAAGCUUUUUACUAGUGAGAUUAUCGAGAUGCAUGGGGAACAUGGCAAGGGUAGUGAAACUGAAGCAACAGGAAUAAGAGAAAUAGUUGAUACUGAUUUAUUUGGUUCACAAGAGAACAGAAAGUCUUCCACAGCAGCAACAGAUACUGACAAUCAGAAUAAGUCUUCCACAGUAGCAACAGAUACUGACAAUCAGAAUUUGGUUGAUCUUGGGAUAGUUUAUGCCCACCGCAAUGAGGAUGUUGUGAACAUGGGAAAAAAGAAUGGAGACGAGGAUGGAACAGAGGAGACUGUUCAGAGCUCCUCAGAGGAGCUGCAAAGUAAGCAUGAAACAAAGCACACUGUUAAGGCGAAAUCUUCUUCUCUGGAGAACAGAAAGGUGGUGAAAUAUGAUUCGCUGGAGCAGAAAAGGAAAGAAUUUAGCUGCGUUGCAUCUUUCAUGGGCAUGGAUGACCUUAAUUUUAGCAAGUGGUUGCUAGCCGCCUCACCUGUCCAGCGUUCCGAAGUGUUGCAGAAGUACAAGAUGAAAAAGAAGAGGAAGUGUGAGCGCAAUCAGAACUGAUGGUGCAGGCCUUCGAAGCUAUUGCAGAGCUAUGAGCCUAUGACACGGUUAGCUUUGGUGUAUCUAGUUCCAGCGGUUAUGACAGGUGAUGGGAGUCAAAUUGUAGCACUGAUUAAUAGCUGAUUUCAGCAGCAGCUCCUGAUGUUGCCUAGUUUUAGCCUUCUUGAUGGUUCAAGUAGGGACCAGGAAAAGUUUGGCUGCUUUCACUGGCGCUUUUCAGUCAGGUGAAAUCUAACCCGUCAUGGUUCAGCUGCCUGAGCCAUAGCAAAUUUUACCAUGCAGGUGGCUUGCAAUGUUACUGAGCUGUACUAUAGAAUCAUGUGGAUACCGUAGUACUUGUGUACAACAAUGGACAUAUUUGUUUUCAAGUAAUGUCUGGAAACUGGACUUUUUUUUUGUCCUCA